GGUGCCAUUAGCCUCCGAUCAGAACGUCCCGACAGGUAACAGGAACCCUGCACACUCCACCCAGCCGAGGGAAGGAGACAUUACACGGAGCGCUGAUCUUGAGGAAAAGAAGAAGAAGACGAUGAUGAAGACUCCUUCUGCGGGUUUGACUAUACCGUGGAGCGAGAGUUGGUCCCUACGGACCCUGGGACAGGGCGCCGCCGCAGGCAGAUUGCGAUGUACGGAAACAAGUGGGGUAAGAAGCAUCUGACGUACAAGAUCAUUAACGCGCCCCAGGGGGACGACGCUGAGAGGUACCGGGUCCAGAACACCCUGACGCGCGCCCUGAAACUGUGGAGCGACGCCUCGCCACUGUCCUUUUACGAGGCUAAAGAGGACGAGGACGCCGACAUCGUGGUCAAGUUCACCCGAGGUGACCACAGCGAUGGCUACCCGUUUGACGGUCAAGGCGGUGUGUUCGCCCACGCGUUUUUCCCGCACGACGGUGAUGUCCACUUCGACGACGACGAGCCCUGGGCCCUCGACAACUACGUGGCGACCUCCCGGAAGGACCUGUACAUCAUCGCGGCACACGAGCUGGGCCACAGUCUGGGCCUGGGCCACUCCGACGCGUGGGGCGCCCUCAUGAGACCCAAGUACACGGACGUCAAGUGGAUGAAGACUAUCAGCGCGCUGCCACCAGAGGACAGGAAUGCCAUACAGGCUAUGUACGGCCCGUGCCCGCGGCUGGAGUGGAACGUGCGCUACAUGCUGGAGUCGUCCCGCCGGUCCGGCAGAGCACCCAAACAGAGACGCCCCAACACCUGCUCUGCACCGUACGACGCCAUCUUCCUAGGCCCUGACAGAAAAACGUACGCCAUGCGAGGCCUGUACUACUGGCGUCUGAAUGAUGGGAACGAGAUCGGGCGGCCCAUGCCUCUCCUUAUAAGGCACCGCUGGCCCGGUCUCCCGGGCAACAUCAACGCCGCCGUGACGUCAGCAUAUACAGGCAGGACAUACUUCUUCAAAGGCAACCGUAUAUGGAGAUUUAAGGACAGCAUUCUGGAUGAAUACUACCCGAUCUCUCACAACGAGACAGGCCUCCCUAGGAGCCCGGACGCUGCCUUCGUCUGGGGUCCCAAACACAAAAUCGUCGUCUUCAAACGCUCCAAGUUCUACAUCUGGAACGAGUUUAACCGGAAAGUGGAGCCGGGAUAUCCUAAACUCAUCCGGAAAUUCUUCCCCGGAUUGCCCAACAAUAUCGACGCGGCUUUCCAGUGGAAGAACAGGCACACGUUCUUUUUCAAACAGGGUUACUACUGGAGAUAUGAUGACGAGAUUGGCAGCAUCGCGAAGUGCUACCCUCGGCCGGUCGCUCUGUACUGGAGCGGGUGUGGAGGGACAUCAUGGGAGCGGAAACAGUUGUAAUUUAGAGAAUUAACAUUUGCAUUUGGAAAUGCAUAAUGUUUACCUUCGGACAUGGUCUGCUCUGUUAAUUCUUACUCAAACACAUUCACAUACAUG